GAAAAUUUACAACAUUGUUCAUAGCAGCAUUGUCUGGAAAUUGUUGUGUGUUUUCAAUCAAAAGAACUCUUCAUCUUCCUGGUUACAGAGUACACCUUAGUUUUCCCAUUUCACCAAUUGCAACAACCAACAACCAUCGUUCAUUUCACCCCCAAAUCACCAAAUUAGGGUUAACUGUUUUCUCAACGGCCUUCUGAUUGAAGUUUACAAUUUUUUGUGGCUUCAAAAUAAUUACAUGGGGAAUUGUGUGGUAAAGGUGAGGUUACUGGGAUGCUUAUUGAGGCCAAAAAACUCAAAGAUUAAGCACCCUAUGACUAAAGAUGAUGAUGAUUCUGAUCAAGAAGUGGAGUUUGCUUCUGCGAAUGUGGAAGUUAUUACUACCAAAGAAUCUUGGGACCAAAAGUUGGAACAAGCAAGGAGAGAUGGAAAAGUUGUUGUUGCAAAUUUCAGUGCAACAUGGUGUGGUCCUUGCAAGACGAUUGCACCUUGUUAUUGCGAGUUAUCAGAGAAAUACCCAUCUAUUAUGUUCUUAGUAGUGGAUGUGGACGAAUUAACUGACUUCAGCACUUCCUGGAACAUCAAAGCUACACCAACGUUCUUCUUUCUUAGAGAUGGACAAGAGAUUGACAAAUUAAUAGGAGCCAACAAGCCAGAGCUGGAGAAGAAGAUUGCUUCAGUUUCUUAUUCAGUUCUGCACUCUCAAUAGUGAUUAUUGUUUUUGUCCUGUUCAAUGAUCUUCUCUUCUCUCUUCACAAUCCAUGGGGGGUGGGGGGGUGGGGGGGUGUAUUC